AUGUGGUGGCUUCUUAGCCAGUUUUGCACCUGCCUUGGAAGGGACAAGGAGGCGAGCCUCCUCCCCGAAGAAGAGUCUGGCGGGGGAGUUGAUUAUGGCUACGCUGUAGCCAAAAAUGAGCGUGCAAACAUGGAAGAUGCAAUUGACGUCAAAGAGGACGUUGCUGGCUAUAGGCUCUUUGCAGUCUACGACGGACACGCAGGGAGUCAGGCUGUCAUGGUCGCAAAGGAGAACCUCCCCAGAAUUUUGGAAAGCUACCUCAAGGACGCUGAGGAUGUGGAGGUUGCCAUCAAGGCUGCGUUCCAAGCUGCAGAUGAGGAGAUCAUGCAAGUUCUGGUGGACAACAAGGUCGUGGCCGACGCACAAACAUCUUCGGGGACCGUAGCUUGUCUUGGCUUGCUGAAGAAGACAGACCUCUGGAUUGCGAACCUGGGUGAUUGCCGGGCUGUGGUGUCCAAAGAUGGCACCGCAGCUGCAAUUUCCCGUGACCAUGCUCCGGAGAAGAACCCGGCCGAAGCAGAACGUUUGCAGCAAUCGGGUGUCAGCGUCCAAGCGGGCUAUGUUGACGAGCACGUUGCGGUAUCAAGAGCCCUGGGCAACGUGCGUUUCCGCACCGGCAGCAAAGUGAAUGGCAUCAUCAACGAACCUGAGGUUUUCCGGGUGGAGAUUGAUGACGCCGUCGACUUCGUCAUGAUUGGGUCAGAUGGCAUCUGGGAUGCCCUGAAAGAACAGUUCGCUCUGACGCAUGCCCGCAAAGCACUCCGGACCACGGCAAAGCCAGAGGAUGCCGCAGUUUCCAUCCUGCAAAAUGCAGGCAGGGUCAGCAAGGCAGACAACGCGGCAGUAGUGGUGAUUGUGUUCAAAUUUCCGGAGCCACUGCCGAAACGGCCGGCGGUGCAAAGAGUUUCCUUGACGCAGUUGCAAGAGCCAUCUGCCUAA